UGUCUGGUCAUGAUAAAAAAUUUGAAAUCAUUGAUUAUUCUGUUUUGCACUAUAGGUCAAGCACAUUUUGACCCUGGAGUUUGUAACAAGAGUAGUCAUGAUGGGGAAACAAAAAGAUUUUGCUGUGAUUUUUUUGAAAAAAAAAAUACUGGAUGUAUAGCAUGUGAUGAUGGAUUUGAGUCCACAAACGGUGAUCGUUGCACGCCUUGUUUUAACAACAGAUAUGGCAAAGGUUGUGUGGAUACGUGUAUGUGUUUAGCAAGCAAAAGAUGUGAUUAUAUCUAUGGGUGUGUAGAUAUGUUAACAACAGUAGAUUUUCAGGAAGGUACCUCACGGAUGAUAAAGCCCUUUGUUACAGUUCAAGACAGUUCAAAUAAUCAAGCUAAACAUGAUACAAAGGUCAAUCCGCUUCUCGUUUAUAUUGUCACUGCAUCAUCAAUAACAUUGAUAUUUGUAUCAGCCAUUUGUAUAAUAAUACGACGGAGACGCCGACAGCUGUUCAAAGAUAAUUUAAGAGUUCAGAGACAAAACAGAAUUGCGUAUGUUCAAAGUCAGAGCGAGGAAAACGAACAGUAUAUAACUAUUCUAUAAUAGUUUAUUGUACAUGCUGUAUCUAGAAGUAAAUGUUUAUUUGUUAUUUGGUUAACUGAACAUAAUUAACUGAUUAAGAAGAGGACAUAUUUGCACUUGCUGACUCAGAUUUUUGAUAAUUAGCAGGGUUAAUUGUUAAACAUAUGUUUAUGUUUUGUUAAUCAUUUUUUUUGUAAUAAAAUAGUUAAAAGGGGGCUCGCGGGUCUAAAUCAUUUUUUUUAAAUUUUAUAUAGGAUUUCUCUAUAUUUUUCUAUAAAUUAACUUAUCUUAUACAUAAUAGAAAAAUGAAAUAACAAAAUUGGGGCACCGUUUAUUUACGACUGAAAUCUGCAUUUGAAAGCAGCAUACAUUUUUGUUGAUGUCCUUUUUUGUUGUUGAACUAAUAGGACAAAUAGCGGCAACAACUAAACAAAGAAACCGCUUAAAUUUUACAACUAUUUAGUUUAUGUAUAGCUUAUUCUGUUAUUCGAAAACAACAAUAAAAAAUAUAAAUCACCGAUGAGUUAAACAAGAUAUUUCAAUUUCAAUGCCAAAAGAAUGGCAUUUUUCAACCAAAUGGAGAUAAUUUUGAGUUUUUUUCAAUGACAUCUAAAUUUUAAAAGUCACCUAGGGCAAACAAACAUGAAUUG